AUGCAGAAGAGACGUAAUAACAAGGAACUUACUCUAACCCAGGACCAAAGUGAAAGGUUGCAGCAAGAGCUGGAGGCUGCCCGCAGGAGGAAUCACAAUCUUCAUGCAAUUAUUCGUAACAAAAUCAAGAAGGACACCGCCGGAUUGAUGACGAACAAAGAAGUUGAUAGAGAGGUCCGACACAUUCAGGAUCUCUUGGACUUGGCAGAUGAGACAGAUGUGAAGAUCCAGGAAGCCGAGAGUAAGGUUGAAGCUUUCGGCUCCGAAAACCAAAAACUGCGGAAGGAAAUUGAGGACAAUGAAAAAGCUUUGGCUGAUUAUCGAAAGGACAAUGUAGAACUGAAGGAAUGGAACAUGGCACUGGAAAAAGACCUUUUCGAGAAUAAACGCCACAUUCAAGAUCUUGAAAACAUCAAUGUGGCGAAAGAAAAGGAGCUUAGCCAGAAGAAACGCCAGAUUCAAGGUCUGGAAGACAUUAAUGUGGCGAUGAAAACCCAGCUCAGUGAGAAGAAUCGCCAUAUUGAAUGUCUGGAAGGCAGGAAUGUGGCGAAGGAAAACGAGCUCAGCGAAAAGAAACGCCACAUUCAAGGUCUAGAAGUCGCUAACAGGGAGAAGGAGGAAACUCUCUGUGAGAAGGAGAGACAGACUGAAGAUGUGAUAAAAAAGAACGCCCUGAAAGAACAACAGUUAGAAGACUACCGUAGGUUACUCGACGAGCUGCAGAAAGAGAUUGGGACACUGGAGUCCAAAGCACAAGAUUUUGAUGCGCUUGAGAGUCAAAACAGGAGAAAUGAACAAAAUCUCCUUGCCUGUGAACAGCACAUUGAAAACCUCCAGAAGAAACUGGAGGAGAGGAACGAGGAAGUGAACAAGCUUGUCCAAUGUGAGAUGGAAGUUGAAAAUUUAAGAAAGGAAUUGGAGGACAGACAAAAGGAUCUGAGCAAGCUUGUCCAAUACGAAAUGGAGGUUGAACAAUCAAGGAAGGAACUAGAGGACAGGCGUAACGAUGUAAACAAGCUUAUCCGUUGCGAGCAGGAACUUGAACAGUUGAGGAAGGAACUGGAGGAUAAAGAGAAGCAUAUAAACAAGCUUGUCUCAUUUGAAGUGGACUUUGAACGCCUCAGAAAAGAAUAUGAUGAAAAACAGGUGGCUCUGGUGGAAAUGGCUGGCCUCAUAGAAAGGGACGAGAAAAUUAUCCUUGACUUUCAGCGAAAAGUUGAAGAACUCAGAGGAGAAAUAAAAGACAAAAAUAAAGAGAGAGAUGGACACUUGACUUCAGAGGCAACGCUAGUUCAGAAUCUUGCCCAAAUCUGA